CAGUGGUGGUCACUCGUCGUGGUCGCCCGUGGUCACUCGUCGCGGCGGCCCAGUCACGGCCGGUCACAGGGUCGCGCGCCGCUGCUGCCGCUGCCGUCGUCGGCAGUCCGAGCCGCGAGACCGUCGCGAGGUCCCGAGCCCCGCCACGAGCGUCGCCCUCCGGAGGAACGUCGUCGCGGGCGCGCACACGCGCCAGCCAUGCCGGCGAGAGAGCGUCCGACUGCCCGCAGCAUCCACGCCGGCGUUGACGCGUGCAUCUCGGUCACGGCCAAUGCGGACGAAUUCCCGAUCGUAAAAUUCCGCGGCUAGUAAACAAACCUCGUCGAUUCCCGAGGCUCCUGAAAUAUUCGUACCACCGGAGGCGGCGCAGUCGUAAACAUGGCGGGCUUUCGCAAAGUGGCGGAAAAAGUCUAGCGGAGGAAAAGUCUACGCGACGCUUCGACGGUGGUUUACACCGCGAACUCGUGUUUUCGGAUCGGAAGAACGUGCGCGAGCCGCCGAUGUGAACGGGCAUCGAUUUCCGGUAGAAGUUUGGUUCGGGGGAAGUCGUCUCGCGCGCGUCGUCCUUCCGGCGCCGGUCGGAAGAAUGCGCGGGAAAGCGGUCCCGAUUUGAAUCUCGGCCGAGAGCCUCGUGAGCCAUGGCGACGCCGCCCGACUCGCCGGGCCCGGAAGAGGCGCUCUUCGACUUCGAGAGCUCGAGGGCGCGCACACAGACCACCAGGCCGGUGGCCCUCGAGGAGCUCCUGAGGCAGACCAAGUUCUCCAGGCAAGAAAUCCGCGUCAUGUACCGCGGCUUCAAACAGGAGUGUCCCGAAGGCGUAGUCCACGAAGACUCUUUCAAAGACAUUUAUGCGAAAUUCUUCCCACAUGGCAACUCCAGCCUCUAUGCCCACUACGUGUUCAAGGCCUUCGACGUAAACUGCAACGGGGCCAUCAGUUUCAGGGAUCUGCUGGUGACCUUAUCGACCCUCCUGAGGGGUAGCAUUUACGAGAAGCUGAGAUGGACGUUCAAACUAUACGACAUUAAUGGCGACGGGUGCAUUACGAGAGGAGAACUGGGUGAAGUGGUCACUGCCGUGCACGAAUUGAUGGGUCGAAAACACCAUGCCGAUGAAGAGAGGAAAGCAAGGGAUCAAUUGGACAGGGUCUUCCGGAAGCUCGAUCUCAAUCAAGAUGGGGUUAUCACGAUCGAAGAGUUCAUCGAAAGUUGCCUCAAGGACGACGUGAUUACCCGAUCGCUAGCAAUGUUCGAUUGCGCACUCUGAUCUCCGGCCAGGGAGAAUCCCUCGCAAACACGUACAACAGUGAGCCCGACACCGGAAGUGACACCAGAAGCAACACCAGAAACAACACCCACGACAGCAUCGUUGACCUCCAGUCUCUCGCAAUCCUUGUCACCAUCGCCUCCACCGCCAUGUUACUCUCUGUUGCCACCGGUACCGCUACCACCCCCAGGAUAUACAACCCAAGAUCAUCAGCUGUAUCGAAUGCUAGCAGCUCACUGGUGGGAUCAACCAGACACGCCACUAUUUUGCUGAGCCUUCUCGUUUUGAAAUGUCCCCAAGAAAUGUUCGUAUCGAGUACGUGACCAUAGGACCAGGAGCGAUGUUCAACUUCGCACUCCACUCUUUGGCCAAGAACAACGAUAUACGUGUUGCGACGAACCCAACACUGGAAGUAACAUUAGAAACAACAACCACGUCAUGACCUUCGAUCUCACGAUCCUAUUCACCAUCGCCUCCACCGUCAUGCUACUUUGUAUUACCAUCAGUGCCACUACCAGGAUGUAUGAUUCGAGAUCAUCCCAUAUACCGUGUUGUGGCAGUUCACUGGUGGGAUCAGCCAGACACGCCACUAUUUUGUUGAAGAGAACCCAUCUGAAAUUUCCCCAAGAAAUGUUACCAUGGACGUGAUCAUGAGCUCUACACUUGGUACUCACCGACAAUAGAUUUUCACGGGCCGCGAGUGGAGCCAUUCAACAUCGAUUGUCAAUACGCGGACAUUGAAUGGUAAAUCAAUUCAUUGGCCGCAGACAAGCUGCUACAUUCAAGCUGAAAAUAUGGCCCAGGUCAAGCACAAAGACUCAAAGAACUUUAAAGGAAAUUAAAAUGCGAUGGAAUAGACGAAAAACCAUUGAUAAAAAAAUAAAACUGUUGAUGCAACCGAAUCAUUGCUUGUACGGAAACAAUUCACUGCGCCGAUAUAAUAAGUACCCGAGAACCGGUGCCCCCACUCUGUCAAAUAGGGUUAAACAGGAUAAAAGUAAGACUACAUCCCCGAUUUUUAUUUAACUAAAUUCCCUUUCCAUGCUUAUCUAAACAUGAAUUUCUAUCAAUUCGUCAAGUGACACUUUCCAACGAGUGGUUUCGCAGUUUCCAGUGCGACCAUCGGCCAUCGAUUGCGAACCAACGGAUGGUCGCUUCAACGAUGGCUCAAUUAUUGGUCGCCGAAGAGCCACUAAUUGACGCGGAUUGAAAAUCCAACCAAUGUCAAUGGGAAAAAAAAAAAAUGAUGGACGAGGGGGAGGAAGGAGCGAAACCGACAAAAAAGGGAAAUAAAGGGGUAGAAAAAUGGUUGAACGAGGCGACGAGAGAAGAGAAAUGAGAUCACUCGGGUUCGAGUUGGAAGAAACGACGGACUUGAGUAAUCACGUGCCAAAUCAUUGUACAAGUCGAGGUCGAUGCCUGUCGAAACGACAAGAUCGGACGAAAUCCGGUUAAAAUAGAACCAUUGAGCCACACUUAAAUACGACUCGAAAGCCAAGGUCGUCCCAUGGAUCCAUGAAAAAAAGAAUGGUGGAAAUCGUUCCGGGGGUGAAGCUCAAGAUGUAAAGAGAAAAGAAGAUGGCGGUCAUCUUGCCCUGUUAGCGAUGACGUGUUAUAAAGAGAAAUAAUAAAAAUUUGAACUACAUACAUAGUAACUGUUCCUAUCAUUUGCAAUUAUAAUGUCCUUAAAAACAGUAUACAACACAAUUUCACGAUCUUUAUACAUUUUAGCCCGCGCUUUAUCAUACGUCAAAAAAGACGCCGUACGUCCUUUGGCUUCUGUUCGCGACACAAGAUCGUGUAGGUGGAGUUAGCUGGUAAAAUGGCUUACGUCUCGAGCUUCGGUCUUCUCGUCUAAAAUCGCACUUUAUGUUUUACCGAUCUCUUCAUAGAUCCAUGGAUCGUCUUAACCGGAAGAGCCCUCGGAAGCCAGGGCCGUCGUAACCGGGAGAGCCCGCUCGACCAAUGGCGGUUCUUCGACUUCCUGCGUCGCGGUCGGCUAAGUCGUUACGGAUAAUAAGGCGGUUAUAGUCAUAAGGACGUCGGAAUAUCGUUAAGUAACUAGCGAGAUAUUGAUAGGACUAGCGCUAAGCGAUUACCGAAAAUCUUCCAAAAGCAGGGUGCCCAGUGCUGGUCGGAAGCACUGCCGCCGGUAGAAUAAGGCAGCCAUUUAUCGAGGAAAUUGUUAAGUUUAUAGGAUUAGUAGACAAUGGCGGUGGUAAGAAUGUUGUUAUUUGAGAAUAAGCUUUAACUUCAUUAGCUCGUAUAUCUUACGAUAAAGCAAUAAAAUUAAGUACGAGCGAUCGGCGUAAGUCAUUGAUUCGCAAUGAAUCAAUCGUUCGUUCCUUCUCUUGCGACCGCUAAUUUUAUACAUUUAAUGUUGCUUUCGGGGCGAAAGCGUAAGAAAUGGGUGGGAUUGCGCGAGAAGUAAAACGGGAAAAAGGAAGGAUGAGAAGGUUAAGGAUGAAAGCUCCUGGGAAUUUAAGCCAUGCCGUUAAGACUUAGUCUAGGUAAUUUAGGAUCUGUUUCCUUGAACUGGGAACGCGAAACCUGAAAAGAGUUGAAUGCUCCCCGUUGAAUGAAUAGCGUAAAUACUGUUAAAGCUAUCGUGAAAGAAUCGAAAAGUCAUAGGAAAGGCUUUCACUACAAUUUCCGAGCACCUUUUAUAAACGUUUCCUUCGUUCCUUCGCGCCAUAAAUAUUGACUAACCAUUUAUUUUACCUGCAUACUCUAAUAAUUAAUUAAUAUACAUGAAAUCCUUAACUUUUUUCGUCUACUAAAGUCCCUGCGUGUCAGCAUCGGAUUAUCGUAAUCUUUACGUUUCCGUUUCAUGCUAGAAAAAUUAAAAAAAAAAGGUGUAUAGGGGGAAAGAUGUAUAGAUAUACUUUAUAGCACAUAUCUCAACAGGUUUUCGCAACUUUUCUCAGGUUGUUGCAUUCUCACUCUCUUGUACAGACGGAUGAAUAAUCGGGUAGAUGAUCGAUUUUUUAAGACUCUAGCGAUUAGCGUAAACAUUAGAUUAAUAAGCGCGCAAUCGGAUCACUGAAUUAAGGGGGCGGAUGAAUUUAUCAGUUGAUGACAAUGAAACACCAAUGCGAUAUAAUUUACGUGUAAUCUAAGACAGUAUGCAUACGAUACUUCCUGUACUAAAUGGUACCUAGGAACUGAGUGAAAAGCAACAUUUUCUACGAUUCUCCUAAUCGUUGCAUAUUUCAUGCGACUAAGGUAAAUACUAAUUGGCAGGAAAAAGGAUGUAAUAACGAUAUCGUAUUUAUUGUUUCCAUGGUAUAAUGUCGACUUACAGAGGUGAUCGUACUGGCAUGUGAUGUGUGAACUGGGCCCUUUCAAACUGACCGGAAAACAAAUAAAUGUCCUCCAUAAAGAAAUGAAAACAAGCUGUUACAUGGUAUGUUAGUAUCAUAUGUUCCUCCUAAUAAUUUAUUUCUCGUUAAAAUUACAUAAAAAGUACGCGUGUACGUAUAUCGAUUUCGGCACAUUAAACGAAUCAAUGUAUGCCAAUACUCUGAAUAAGCGCAACCACGGUUCCUUAGGGAGGAACGUGUAAUGCUAAUGUACUGGUACAUUGAAUGGUACUGCAGGAAGCAUUUUGUUUAUACUAAUUGAGCCGUUUAUGUUUUAUUUAAUAUGUUAGUUAAAGGAAUUCAAAAGUUCAUUUACGAAAUUGACUAUUGAAAAUCGAGCGACUGACCGUACCGAGAUUCAUUAUAAAUUGCUUUAAUUAAAUCAUUCUAAUAUGCAUGUAACAAUCCCUCCACUUGUUAAUUUUGUAGAAUUAACCGGCAAGUUUUUGCAUCGAUAGCUAUCAGCCACACUAAUUUAUUACUUUGACAAUCCCAAUCAAUAUAGGUUAAUUAAUUGAAAAUUGGAAAUGCGCGUAUAAAAAUCAUGAAAGUGCGGCUUCAUUAUAUAAAUUUUCUGAUCGUUUACGUGAACAAUUUUCAAAUUGUUAUAUAGUCACAUGUGUUAUGUCACUGAAGGUAGAUUACUUUGACUUUUUCUUUAAUUAGAGGAGAACAAUUGAAACAAUCUGCCAUACAUAGACAGUUUUAACAGCAAAUCAAUAAUCCGUGAGAACAUUUAUCUGCCUAUUUCAUUGACUUUAUUUAAGCUCUAAUGCAAAUCACAUAAUCAUCACUGAAUACAUAAAUAACCUAUCUAGUUAUGAUGAUCUAUUUACGAAAUAGAGAAUUUUGAAAACACUUUUCAUCCUUAAGUUUGGAAUAAUAAAUACCUUUAAAAUAUUCCUCUUUCAACCAAGAUGUUUAAAAUUUCACUGAAAAACACAUUACUGAAACGAUUCCUAGUUAAAGCACUAUCACGCUAUAAUAUAUUCCAUAUUCUUUUGAUUUUUCUCUUCUGCUACUUUGUCGAAAAAACCCUUUAAACAAUGUAAGUUGGAAAUAAUAAACACUAACAUUUCUCGCCUUUGUCGUGCCGAAAUAACGGAAAUAAAAUACUUAUAUAAGCAUUUAACACGCGAAUAAGUAUCACGCAAAUAACAAAUAAAUAUUAUAAUUGUAACAAUACUCACCGAGUAAUUCACGUUUCACGGUAUGGACAUCGAUAGUAUCGAUUCGUUCGAUGCAAUUUCUCACCAAUGAAUCCCGAAAAUAACAUAAUGUAUUUGAUAAUAUCAGUUAUUUCAUAUAAGCUGGAUAUGCAUAAACAACCAGGAAGCUAAAGUUCGCAAUUUCAUAAAAUUCAUGACAACAUAACCGUCGUGAAUACAAAUGUCUUCAGUGAGAUCAACACAAAUUACGUUGCUAGGACGCCGAAUACUCGUUUCCAUAACGACCGAUUCAAUAGUUAAUAGCUUUGCAGCUAAGAAUGCAUUUCAAACUCAUAUUUAAUGCAUAAACGUAUACUCUAUGGAUCCCGCACAUUAAUCUAUCUUUGAAGACAUCAAUACUGACAGAGAGAAGAAGAAAAACUGAAACUGGUUGACGGUUUAUACAUCUGUCUGUGUUUUACGAAUAAUAUUUAUUAAAACAACCUGCAACUCUCACUUAGCUUCGCCUAAAUAUAACCAAAACUUUAUCUUAAUAUUUGGUAAACCGUGAAAAAAUAUUAAGCAUAGCAUCCAUCGACUUCUUACCUCAAUCUGCCUACAACGUCAAUUCUUAACAUUCUGUAAAUGAAAUUGAACCGUUCAUUUUCAUUUCUUUUUUUACACGCAUGUUUCACUUUUCACAGAGCGGAAGGAAGGCUACAUUGCACACUUAUAUGAUAUGCACCAGUUUCCAGUAAGAUGACAAAUUGUUUAAGACUGAAUUAACAUCUUGUAGAUCAUUAUAUUCAUUAAUAGUCCACUCGCACUGAACCCGAGACGAUCAGUCAUUCGAAGUUAUUAAGAAAUUUAAUUUUAUUAGAAUUUCUGAAAUACUUGUAUACAUGUCCCAAAUAAACACAUGAUCUCAAGUGUAUAAUGUUUAUGUAACAGAUAUACACAUUGUCAAGUAUGUUAACAAAUUUAAAGAAAAAUAAGAGUAAUAUAACAAGUAACGCGCGGACACGUAACAUCUAUGUGAAAUGUUGGUCGUAAUACAUAACAGUGAGCUUAUAACAAGAAAUGUAUAUAAGAUUGAAAUGCGUACGCCCGAAGAUUGUGCUAUGAAAGAAAUUCCUAAAACCUUACUAAAAUUAUGUAUUCAAAAUCGGAACACCUAAAAAUAAAAAUUCUGCAAAUUGAUGACCAGCAUAUACCGCUUAAGAUAACGUAAAAAUAUAAUGACUCAACUUUGAUUUAAACAAUACUUGUAAUUACCGAGAUAUGAUCACAGUCUCAAUUCAUUAUACUAAACGAUAUAUAUGGUUAUCAAAUAUGCACAACUUUGAUUUUUGGAUGUUACAAUUUUCUUGACAGGCAGUAUAAUUUAAACAAUACUACUGCACUUAAACUCCUCAAAACACGACACGACAGUGAAAUGUGUUCAUAAUGAACACAAAUAUUAAUUUUGACCUGAAUGGAAAGAGAUCUUUAAUAUAAACAGAAGUUUGCCUUUAACAAUCAAAUUGCAACGCACUUUGCAAUCACCGCUAUUCAGAUUUUGUUUUACAUUUAUAUACGUGAACUAAUUACAAACUUUUCCUGCCUUGUCUAUAAAAGCUGCACGAAAAAGCUGAAAGUUUAAUUAUUAUUCUGGACAGGAAGAAGGGAAUUGUCUCUGGCGAAACUCUGGAACAGAGUGGUUGUUAAUUCCGGACUCUUAUCAAAGUUGGCUCUUUUAAAGUUGGCUCGGCUUUACAGACUGGGCAGAAAUUGAUAUGCAGCACACACAAAUGCAUUCUUACAAUCAAAUUAUCGGUAUCACUUUUAUUGUAUAUCAAUACCAGCAUAAAUAGUUUAACGAAAGAAGUUUACUUAGUUAAUUUAUGACUGUAUCUCUUGUUACCUACAGUAUACAACCAGGUUAAUGGCAUUCGAAAUUGUUUGGCAAACAAUUUAUUAACAAUUUCUUGGCUCUUGAAUAGCACACAGUGAGCUCACAAGUAAAUCGAAUGUAAUAAUCACGUCUUCGAAAAUUACAGAUAUUAAAUUACUCUUAUUUUAAAUGAUAUAUUUUUAACAUAACUGAUACAUAAAUGUUGUAUAAGAUCUUACGUUUUCUGGGCAUCUACAAAUACAUGAAUCGACCACAGCAACGAUAUCAAACUUUUUAUUUGCAAUAAAAAGUUUACAACAAAAUUAAUGAUAAGAGACAUACUUACGUAUCUCUCACAAAUCAUUCUGAAAGGACGAAUGAAAGAAAUAAAGAAAAGAAAAUCCGCUUAUAAGAAAAUAAUAUUAAUAAUGUUGUCUAAGAGUGAACGUACAGUAUUUUUCUUUUUUUUUCUUCAAGAUCGGAAAAAAACGUGUAAUCUCUAUCACGUCAAUCAACGACACUUGUGCGCGAUUAGGUCCAUCCUUGAAAGCGAACCUCGAAAUACGACUAUAGCCGUUUAAGGAAAAUAAAAGUAGGGAUUAGAGUGUAAGCGAGAGAUCAUUUGAGAAGUGCGUGACAUUACAUAUGUUCAAUAGAUUUCGAUUUUUCUUUUCGGGAAGCCCGACAUAGGCAACCGAAAAAUUUCCUAACAAUAGCGAUAGCCGAUGAAACUUUACAGUGUAAGAAGAAUUCCACUAAAUCAUAACUAGCAUAAUGAAGGGAAAAUGCUCUAGAUAAUUAACUAUUUAUAAGGGAUAAGUCAAACCUUAGUCAAUUCAUUAAUAUUAGGAAUUAAUUAAACGUAAUAACUCCUAUUUCACCCAUUUGAGCAGGGGGACGGCGAAGUAUGAUCCCAGUUAGAAUAUCUUUCCAAAGUUUAUUUAUUCUCAUAACGAAAUUGGUUUCCUUUCACAUGGAAAGGUUCAAGUAAACAAAAUACUCAUUUCAUCUUUGAUUAAAAUGAUAUUUUUAAGCCUAGAUUUCGGAGAUGUUCCCGUACCAGUGAGUUAAAAAAGAAUUUUUAACCCCCGCCCCCCAGUUCGAUUUGGAGAUCACUUGAAUCCGCUGCUCAUCCGAACAAAUUAAUAAAAUAGCAAAAUCAGGAUUGCCGAUGUGCUAAUUAUUCUGAAAGAAUCAUAUUUUAUUAAAUGGGGAAAGAAAUGAACGUAUUUACCCUUUAAUUGUGUCAUUGUAGUAAUGUAGCCUUAUAUCGAUGCGUCAUAAUUCAUUCAGUUUCUAUUGGCACCUUUUUGCAUUUUCAUGCCGCAUUAAUCGUUAAAUUUCAAAAUGAUCAGACGUAACGUUAAGCUUGUUAACUAUCAUUUGGUAACAUUUAACUCAUAAGUGAUGUAUUUUUGUCAAUUCUACGAUGGCUGUUUACAUACGUUUAUCUUUUAUACCUUAAAGUGUCUUUUUCAGUUAGAUAUAGAAUUUCUUUUACAUGAAAUAUAACAGAAAUAAUAACGUAUUAACUCAUUAUUAGUAACUGUGUUAAUGACUACUCGAUUAUGAAAUUUAAACGAUAAUGAGAAAAAGAAGUCGUAAGGCAGGACUACUAUGAAUGUACCUCAAGCCCUAUUGUUUCAAGCGGAGUGCGCUAUUGUUAUCGAAUACUGCCAACUUCGUGUAAAUAUCAUCAUGUAUCAUAGUUAUUAACGCGACGUUUUUGAGAAAUUGGAAAAAAAUGGCACCAUCCACCACCAAUUGUAUCAUCAUGUAUCAUAGUUAUUAACGCGACGUUUUUGAGAGAUCGAAAAAAAAUUGCACGUAGUCUAAUAAUAAGUUAACUAGGAGUAAUUGAAUGCCGUCAUUUCUUUCUGACUUAUGUUUCAACAUUGUUACUGCAAACGGCAAAGUUUCGCUCGGUUGCAAGCAACUUUUAAGUGAUGUUUGGAUCAAUGACAAUUCUAGACAACCGAGGACUGGAUGCUAAGCAAUUUCUUUUAUCCGACAAAGCUUAAAACCAUGAUCCGUGAAUGUAAAAAGAGAAUCUAUCAAAUGUCUUACUUGCAAACAACUUUAUCCCGCCACAACAUUCGUAUUUCUAUACAACAUAACGCUAUCUGAUCAUCAUAACUGUUUAAAUAAUACAAAAGUGACGGAUUCAAGACGCUCGAUUUUAUUGUCAGGUCAUUCCAAAAGUUCUGUCGUGUUCUGGCGACUGUUUUUCCCGUUUUACUGACUUUACUGAUUGACAUUACAUUGCUGCCUGACUUUCAAUGCUCUACUUGUGAUGUUUCUUCAAAGUACACCUAUAAAAUCGACAGAACUUUUGAAAUUACCUAUUAAUUGCACCAUCUGAAGGUAGUUGAGAUUAGAAUACUGUCCUACUGAUGUCUAAAAUGAAACUACUAAGUAUGCCUACAAACAUUAUGAGCUUAUAGGAUAUUCGGAGCCCGGCGAAUAUCUGUAAGUUGAUAUAAUUUCGUAAAUUUGAGCACAAGAAAUUAUAAAAUUUUAAUUUUGGAAUAAUAGCAAUUAGAGGUCAUGCAACAAAGUUACGAUAUCGAAGGUCCCUUUCAAUCUAAUGUACUGUUUGAGAUGUUUCUGUAGUAGUCCUCCCACAUCCUAUGAUAUUAAUAUCCGAACAUCUUUCGUUGUACUUUACCGCGAACUUGUAAAUUUAUUCCAGGUACGUCAAGUCGUUGUGUAUAGAAAAUAAAAAGGAAUCAUGAAUUUGUUUCACUCGUUACACGUGAUUGAAUUAAACGACUGUCGAUCGAUAUGACUUUACAGAAAUACUGUUAAGAGAGACUGUGGUUAAAAAAAAGAGAAUCUAUAAAAAUUCGUUUCGUAGCCCGUAGGUCCAAGAAAUAUUUAGGAAUAAAUUAUAGAGAAAAGUUCUUGAAAGCAGAAUAGUUUGCGUAAUUAGGAACCUUUAAAUUCUAAUUUAUACGUAAAGGUUCAUUGAUUUUCUCCAUCACACUUAAAUCAUACUGUUACUUAAAUUAUAUUAUUAAGAGUUUUUAAAUUCGCUGUCACAUUUCGCCUAGAUAUUCGAUUACUUUGAUAGACGAGCUAGUAAUUAAAUACGCACCAAGUCGCACGAAGCAAAAUCUUUUUUUUUACAUAAGAUCGAUCGUAAUCGCUCCAAUUGUGGCGUAGUGUUAUAAAAAUUUCCUACAACUUUCGAAUAGCCAAAAAACAUUAUUUGACAGUUUUAACGUAAUAAGAGUGUUAAUACAAUCAUUGAACAUCCAUUAACGCACUUAGCUAGUGCUAUGACAUUUGCAUACUUGACGCCUACAUUAUUGAGUCUUUUCUAUACACAUCAGCAUUAAAUGCGUGCAAUUUCCUUUCAGGCAUUUCUUCCUCAAGCUUUAUAUUUACUAAAUACUGCAUUUUCUCAAUCGUCAUUCGUAUUUAUCACCUUUCGGUAUCACAUUCUUUAUCUAAUUUGCUUGCGCUACUACCAAGGUAUAAUACUAUUGAAAUGUUAUUCAAAUGUGUCAGGCGAAAUGAUUCGUUAAUUAAAUUUCUAGCUUUCGAGUGAACGCUGGGGAAGAUCAAUCGAUUUAAUGAUAUGCAAUCGUAAAGAAGUACGUAAGAUAUAUAGCUUAUUUCUUGGAGCCCAGUUAAAUUUAUCUUCGUAUUUCACGUACCUAUUACCAUAGAGUUCAUGUAUAAUUAUGUUUCUGUACAAUUCAGAUUCGGUUAUGGCAAACCCUUAUGGCCAUGCUAAGUUCGACCUUUCGUUAAAGUUUAUUGAUAUAGUGCAGUAGUUAACAGAAUCCGUGUUAUUAAUGAGGUUUGUGAUGCGAUUUCGUAUAACUAAGACGAUAAUGAAUCGCAGUAGAUCAAAUAAUACUGUAUUGUUGGCAGUUUCCCACAAAGGUGUGGCAAUAUCAAUAAAU